CACAUAUUAUAUAUAAUAUAAGGGGAAUAUACAUUGUUAAAGGAGACAGGUUCAUCAAGUGAAAUGGUCGCAGACUAAGAGAGCAACAGAAAGAGAGACCGCCAUACACACAUAUAUAUAUAUAUACGGAUAUAUUCUCAUUCACUCACAUAACUUCAGAUUGCUCAAAUCCUUUCGGAGAGUAUUCUGAUGCUUUGGAAACUCUACAUUAUUUCGAUUUAUCUCUAUGCGUUUAUAUCAAUUUGCGCUGAUGACAACGUUGACAAUGUAAACCACGACGAGGGUGUUAUCACAGUAUCGAAAUAUACUGGCAAUUUAUCAGAAGAACGAUUGAAGGCAAUGAACGAUAGAAUCACUGAUCUAAUAAAAGAGGAAUUUGCAAAAGAAGAACAAGAAGUGAAAGAAAUGCUUGAAGAAGCAAAAAAGGAAUUGAAAGAGGCACAGGCGAAAUCAAGGAAUUCAGCCAGUUAUUACGGUAGUGAUUUAAUUUUACUGGGGAUUUCUGUUGUCAUGGUGACAUUGACAUGUGUUUGUGGUAUUUUUAAUAAGUGAUUAAUUUGUCUGAAAUUUGUUUGUUUAUCUUUUUGUGUAUAAAAAUUUGUAUUUG